AAACCCUCCCGCUUCCCUUUCCGCAGACCACAUCUCAAUCUUUGCUGCGACCUCCCGAUCCGCGGUACUUCCGGCAUCGCGAGCCGAAGAUUGGCUCCGAUCCAUUGGGUGCUCGGCAUUUCUUUUCCCCCAGCACCAGCAAAGCAUCCAUCUUUUCGCCAACAGGCUUGGAGAAAUGGGGUGCAUGAUGCUGCUUGGAGUCGACGCAAGCUUUAUGGAAGAUUUCUAGCAUAUCUUUUUGGUUGGACUAUUCAAUCACAGUCAUCUCUUUGGAAAACUUCUCUUCCAAGUUCCAACAAAGGGCAAUCAGAUAAACAGAAGCAGCAGUGUCAACAAACAGAGCCAGUAGCUCCAUUGAUUGCCAUAAUCAAUCUUGGCACUGCUGAUAUCGAAUCGAUGGGUAGAGGAAGAGGCAGAGGGAAGAAGCUAACCAUAGUCAGGAGCCAUGAAGACAAAGGAAGCAGUGGUGAGGAAGUUGUGCCUGCAAGAAAGAGGAGAGGAAGGCCCCAAAAGCGCUUCGCCGAUAAGGUCGAUCAAACAGAUGUUGAAAAUUUUGUUGAAAAGGUUGAUGGAGAUGGUGAAGAAGUUGAUGACGUGAAGCUGAAGAACAGCACUUCAUCUGUUGGCAACAAGAGGGGCAGGCCGCUGAAAGAAGGCUCUAAUCUUGUCCUGGAAGAGAAUAACUCCAGUAUUCGAUCAAGCAGCGAUGAAUCAACGAGGACUAAUGGAUUCAGGCAGAUUGGAAGCCGGAGGAAAAGCAAACCCCGGCGAGCGGCAGAGGCAGGGCUAGAAUGCAAGUGAAGCAUCCCUGCAGUUUCCAGUAACAGGUAGCAACCAAUUUUUUGCUGUAUCCUCAUGUUUAGUAGCUCCCCAGUGCUGGGGGAAAAAAGUAAACUAGCAUGUUCUGUUUGCAUGCCUCAAUUUUUUUUUGUUUGAUGCAAAGUGUAUGAACUGAUAGUACACCUACUUGUUCAGCUGCCCUAGGCUUGAUUCGAUUUUGAGCUGCUUGUAGCAGUGAUUUACCUUUUCAGUUUACAACAGCUGGUGAUAUUAGGAGGUGUUCCUGCAA